GAUUGAUCGCAUCGCUGGGCUCAGAUGACUGUAAAAUGAAUAGAUGAAAUCCUUGCUUCUCGAAGAUUUUCUUGGGCAUCUCCGGGAAAGUGCGUUUUAAGGCGAAGUCAUGAUGUAUUCUCCCAUCUGUCUCACUCAGGAUGAAUUCCACCCAUUUAUUGAGGCACUUCUUCCACACGUCCGUGCAAUCGCCUAUACUUGGUUCAACCUGCAGGCUCGAAAACGCAAGUACUUUAAAAAGCACGAGAAACGAAUGUCAAAGGAUGAAGAAAGAGCAGUUAAAGAUGAGCUGCUCAGUGAAAAGCCUGAAAUCAAACAGAAGUGGGCAUCCAGGCUCCUGGCCAAACUGCGCAAAGAUAUCCGCCAGGAGUACCGGGAGGACUUUGUGCUUACCGUGACUGGCAAGAAGCACCCGUGCUGUGUCUUAUCCAAUCCAGACCAGAAGGGUAAGAUUAGGAGGAUCGACUGCCUGCGACAGGCAGACAAAGUCUGGCGUCUGGAUCUAGUCAUGGUGAUCCUGUUCAAAGGCAUCCCUUUGGAGAGUACCGAUGGCGAGCGGCUCAUGAAGUCCCCACACUGCACAAACCCAGCACUUUGUGUCCAGCCACACCAUAUCACAGUAUCAGUUAAGGAACUUGACUUGUUUUUGGCAUACUACGUGCAGGAGCAAGAUUCUGGACAAUCAGGAAGUCCAAGCCACAAUGAUCCUGCCAAGAAUCCUCCAGGAUACCUCGAGGACAGUUUUGUAAAAUCCGGAGUCUUCAAUGUAUCAGAGCUUGUGAGAGUAUCCAGAACACCCAUAACCCAGGGAACUGGAGUCAACUUCCCAAUCGGAGAAAUCCCCAGCCAGCCAUACUAUCACGACAUGAAUUCUGGUGUGAACCUGCAGAGGUCGCUGUCUUCUCCACCGAGCAGCAAAAGACCCAAAACUAUAUCCAUAGAUGAAAAUAUGGAGCCAAGUCCUACAGGAGACUUUUACCCCUCUCCAAAUUCACCAGCUGCUGGAAGUCGAACAUGGCAUGAAAGAGACCAAGAUAUGUCUUCUCCAACGACAAUGAAGAAGCCCGAGAAGCCACUGUUUAGCUCUACAUCUCCACAGGAUUCUUCCCCAAGGUUGAGCACUUUCCCCCAGCACCACCAUCCCGGAAUACCUGGAGUCGCUCACAGUGUCAUCUCAACUCGAACUCCACCUCCACCUUCGCCGUUGCCAUUUCCGACGCAAGCUAUCCUUCCUCCAGCCCCGUCAAGCUACUUUUCUCAUCCCACCAUCAGAUAUCCUCCCCACCUGAAUCCUCAGGAUACUCUGAAGAACUAUGUCCCUUCUUAUGACCCAUCCAGUCCUCAAACCAGCCAGCCUAACAGCAGUGGUCAAGUAGUAGGGAAAGUGCCUGGCCAUUUCCCUCCUGUCUUGGCACCCUCUCCCCAUCCCAGUGCAGUGCGGCCUGUGACCCUGACCAUGACAGAUACUAAACCCAUCACUACAUCCACUGAAGGUGAGGCAGCUUCACCUACAGCAACCACCUACACAGCCUCAGGCACACCUCAAGCCAAUCGAUAUGUGGGACUAAACCCAAGAGACCCAUCCUUCCUGCAUCAGCAACAGCUGAGGAUUUGUGACUGGACCAUGAAUCAAAACGGCAGGCAUUUAUACCCCAGUACCAGUGAGGAUACAUUGGGAAUUACUUGGCAAAGUCCUGGUACCUGGGCUAGCUUGGUUCCUUUCCAAGUGUCAAAUAGGACACCCAUCUUACCGGCAAAUGUCCAAAAUUAUGGUUUGAACAUAAUUGGAGAACCUUUCCUUCAAGCGGAGACAAGCAACUGAGGGGAAGGAAACACAACAAUAGUCUAAGAAAAUUAGGGGAAAAAACACUCAAAGCAAAGGAAAAGAAGAAGACUGGAAGAAAGGGAGGAAGGAGCGAAGCUGAGGAAGAAGAUACGAGGGAGCAUGUCAGCACUUACAAUCACUAGUUCCCUUAAGGUUGACACUCUAAUGACACGAAGGGUCGAUGAUAUCCCACGAUGCUAAACUGCAGCCCCCCCGCAACGUAGCCUUUGUUCAUGAAGUCCGCUGGGAAAUAGAUGUUCUGUCUCUAUGACAAUAUAUUUUAACUGACUUUCUAGAUGCCUUAAUAUUUGCAUGAUAAGCUAGUUUUCUUGGUUAGUAUUCUUGUUGUUUACGCAUGGAGUCACUAUUCCUGGUUAUCCCACCAAGGCUAGGAGGAGGCAUCAGAGGUGCUGGGGACAGAGCCAUGAGCCAGCCAUUUUAUAAGCACUCUGAUUUCUAAAAGUUAAAAAAAAAAACUAUAUAUAUAUAUAUAUAUAUAUAUAUAAAAUCUCUGUAGCCUUUAGUUAUCCGUACAGAUUUAUUAAAUUUUGGCCCUUAACCCAGCCUUUUCCAGUGUGUAACCCAGUUUGAAAUCUUAAAAAAGGAUAAAAAAAAAAUGAAAAAUAGGAAAAAAAAACGGUUUGAACUCAAAGGCUCUAUGGAAGAAAUGCCUCUGUGUGGGUAAAGUGUUACCUCUGCAUGCAACAGUAAAAAUUAAUAUAAUAUUUUCCCCACAAAAGAAACACUUAACAGAGGCAAGUGCAAUUUAUAAAUUUAUAUCUAAAGGGGAAUUGUGAUUAUAAGUCCUUCAACCCUUGGACUCUAAAUUGAGGGGAUUAAAAAGAAUUUAAAAUAAUUUUGAGCGAAUUUAUUUUCCCCUCAGUUUUUGAGGGCAUUUUUAAAAAAGGCAUUAAAUCAAGACAAAUCAUGUGCUUGAAUGGAAAAAAAAAUGAAUGAAAACACAGCACUUAGGUUGGCUUAGCUGCAGCCUCCUCAGAGGUCGAAUUAUUUAUUUAAAAUUACUGGUUGCAUCAAGAACCCAUAGGGUGUACAAACGGUUCUAUAAAAUCUGCAUCGUAGAGACAAAGAGGCAGGUAAAUCCAUGUCACCAGGGUAAAGCUCCCAGCGUCCAGGCUGGGAACAAACGCCAGGGCAUAGGGGAGGGAAACACGCUCUUCAGAGAAGUGCCAUCGGGGUGCUGGCAACGUGCAUGGUGCUUUCAGACAUUAGCCUUGUUCAACCCAUCUCUCGUAUUGACAGAUCCAUAGUGUGCAUGGGCAGACACAUGUUGCCUCUAUGUCUCUUGAAAUUUUAAUUAAAAGUACUCUUUCCAGUAAUCCUAAUUUGCACGAAGAUAUAAUGUCCACAUUACGUGCCUUGCCUUGAAAUUUAAAAAAAAAAAACAAAAGACAAAAAAAACCACAAAAGUGACAUCACUACACUUGUUUUGCUGCAUUUAUUAUCGUUUUAAAUCUUUACCAUUUUUAUGAUGAAAUAUUUUGUACUCCAGACGAAGAACAAUGUGUGACAUCAUGGAUUUUUUAGACAGUUACACCUUUAUCUCACGUUUAUAAAAGCAUAUCAUGGCUGUGUAUAGUUGCCGCUUCAAAGUUGUAAUCGACCAGCAAUAUUUUCAGUAUUUUGGUGUUUUUUCUAUUAACCUUUCAUGUUUUUCAUCUUCCAAUUAAUAUUUGGGGGGAGGGGUUUCAAAUUUAUACGAAUUAUGCAAUACCAAGUUUUGCCUAUGUAGGUAGUGCUUUUAGCUGUAUUGGUUAUUAUAGGUAAGUACACAGAUUUGAGAAGAAAUAAUGUACGCUUUUUUGUUUGUUUGUUUGUUUGUUUUAAUUGACCAAAGUGGGUACUGCUAUUUUUGCAGUGUGAUGAGGUCCUUUUGUGUACUGAGAGAUGGACAGGGGAUUUUUUUUAAUAUACAUACAUAUAUAUAUAUAUAUAUAUAUAUAUAUAUAUAUAUAUAUUCUGGAGGGUGGGUGGGAGGAUUUUUAACACUUUACAGUGUGGCUGUGAAGCAGGACACCCUGAGAUGGGCCUGGGCUGCAAAGCGACUGUUCUGCCUACUGUGACAAACUUCAGCUUACACAGGUCCCCCCCCCCCCCCCCCCCCGCGUUCCCACCUGGGGUGCAAGCUGAACUCAUUUCUGGUUUUCAAGCUAAGAAAAUGGGAAGAAAAAGCAAGCACAGUGAAGCCUCCUAGGGGCAGACUUCGAACUGCCCUGUCUUGUUUUAGUUGUGGUGGAUAGUUUUCCUGAAAGUUCCGAAUCCACAGUGGAAAGUGAGCCUGUCUCAUAUUUGGCAGAGACGUUUCUUGAAGUGCCCACGUAGCAGAUGUUGGCUUUUUCACACUUCUGAGUUUAACACGGGAAUAAGCUUUCUUCUACCAAACACACUCGCCCAUCUGGAGGGAGGGCUCCCCCAUCCUUCCCAGCCUCGUGUCAUUUUAUCAAUGGUAGGAGAUGAUUGAUGUUCCUGUGACUUAGGACUUCGAGUGGAUGGUAGUGCACUUGGGAGUUUGUUCUCUGACAUCCGGAAGGUUGGCUAGAGAGAGGGUGACUCUUAUUGAAUGUAUUUGGACUGAUAGAUUAAAAUCAAAGUUCAGUUUUUAAAGAACAAAAAUAAGUAAAUCCUUUUCUUUUACCUGCCCUUGUAAACUGAAAACUGGAGCAGGGAGAAAUAUAGACUUUUAAGCAACUAAUUUUCCUGUGGAUGAAUUAAACCCGUUUGAUAACAAUGGGAUGGGCUUCUUUUUAAGGGAUGGUACUUCAAAUAUAUAUAUAUUUGAGUUAGUUUCCCCUGAGGGCUGGAGGUGAAUGAAGGCCAAUUGUAUUUUGUCUUCCCCAACCUGGUCCUAUUGAGUGUAUUCAUUAUUCCAAGAAGAUCUUUCAGAAUUAGUGACAUACACAGUAGAUUGUCAUGAGGCUCUCCUGCCCCCAGCCCCCAUGCCAAGGCCUAAUAAAAUAAACUGUCAACUGUACGCAUAGCAGAUCAUUUACUAGCGAGUACUGUAGAACGGUGCUCAUAGGCCUGAGCACUGUCUCUGACUAGUCCAUUCGGUUUGAUGUCGAAAUGCUGGAUAGCACAGUGGGCCAAGGAAGCCCCACUGCCUCUGUGAUACUUGCUCUGCAGAUAGCAAAUCCUCCCAGCCAAGCUCUUUAUGUGUUUCUGACCUAUUUGGUGGAGAACGCAACCUUACAGGACACAGUAUUCUUUCCAGGCAGACUCCUCUUCCUGUGGCCAGUGAUUGAACAAUUCUUGCUAAAGGACAUGGCACACUGUGGCAUCCCUGCCUGCCUCUUGGGUACAGAGGCCUAGAGCAAGUGUUCCUUCUUUUCCUAAAUAAUUUUUCUUCUUUUUCCUUUUGAGAUAAACUUAUUAAAAAGCACUACUAUAGAUAAUCUCAAGUCCACUUUUAGCCUCCUAUUUUUUUUUUUUUUAGAAAAAAAACCAGGAAGUAUAUUCUGACGAAGGGCCCCAUUUUUGCAGGUCUUGCACGCCCCUUCUUUACCCAGACUGCAGAGCUUCAGGAUGGUGAAGGUCACCCAAGGGCAUCUGUAGGGGGUGGUGUCUCCAGCCUUUGUCCUUCGCUUUGCAGCCCACCACUCACGGUGCCUCUGAAGUGUGUUUCCCCAGAGUGACGUGAGCAGUCAAGGCUUGCCUAAGGAAAAAAACCUGAGAGGCAGUGAAGGAGACUGUACAUAAACACAUGGCAAAACCUUAAUGAUAGCAAUAUAGUUAUCGGGUAAUGUUCGGGUGGGCAGCUCCACUAACAAGGACGUGACUGAAUCUGUGACGCUGUGAGCGGCGAGAAGAGCGAGGUCUUCGUAACGAACCGCCUACCUUGUAGACAGUAAUUUGUACACUGUAUAGUUUUGUUAAGAAUUUUUUUUUUAAAUUAAAAUUCCCAUGUUUGUAAAGCUAACUUUUUAACAAUUAUAAUGGAACUGUGUGUUGUUUCCAUUUUUAAAGUAAGCAAGAAUAUUCCUUGUUUAGAGACUGGACUUGAGUUAAAACUCUCCAGGAUCUUAAGUUAUGUAUUAAAAAAAAAAAAAUCUGUCCAUGUUAGGAGAUGUUUCACAGAUUCCUGUGCUUGAAAAGCAUAGGACACUAAUCCUUUAAAAAAAAAGUGUAAAUGGAGAAAAGUUAUAUUUUAUGAAGGUUAUUUUGUUGUAUUUAGUAUUGGAAAAGUUGGUUUUCAGAGCAUUUCAGAAUGUCGGAAGCACCGCGCUCCUUCGUUAGUAUAUAAGGCCUUUAGCAAACUUUUUUUUGUGUGAUUAUUCCAUGAUGGUAUUUAAGGUUAAGUUUCACAGAGCAUUCAGGAUAGGCAGAAACAAUAAUAAAAAAAAAAAAAACAAAACAAAAAAAAAAACCUAGUGCUAUGUCUCACAUAAUGUGUCCUCAGGGAGCAGAAUCUUGGAUUUGUCACUUGUAGCUUCAUAAGGACUCAACGGAAGAGAUUGCGCGGGAACAUCUCAGCCGCAAAGCAGGGCAUGCUCUCUACCUAGAUGCAGAUUCUGUGACUGUGUGAAACAAUGAAGGCUGCAGAAAGUUACCCAAUCAGCGGACAGUAUUCACUCUCCAUGCAACACGCCGACAGUCUUGCCGGCAGAUAGGCCCCACGCAUGACACUCAGUAUAGUUUACAUGCUCCUGCCAAGGUCUUUGGUUAACAUUAACCAGCUGCAUGCUUCCUGGACUUUUAAGAAUUGGAGUUAAUAUAUUUAAAAAAAAAAUUUUUUUUUUAAUGUGCAGGUUCUUCAAGUUCAAUAAUAAAAACUCAAAAUUGAAUGUUUUUACAUGCUGAAGGAGCUGGAAGCCGCCUUCUUCAUAUUUUGCACUUUCUGGUAGUUGCCCUGUUUUUUUUUCUAAUUCCUUAAAAUUGUGUGGGUGGAGUGGAUCCCUGCACUGGGGGAAUAACAUGGACCACUGAUUUUGCCCUUUGACCCUGCACAAUGACCUUUGCAUCAGCCAAACUCAUUGCCAUGACAACUCUUUGUACUGUGUGGUGCCACAGAUCUGUUGGUCACAUUGUUAAUAGUAAAGGGGACAAGUUGGAGACGGUCAAUUUUUACAUUUUUUGUUGCAAUUUUUCUUCAAUGGUUGUAAGUAGUUUUUUUUUUUAAAGAUAAAAGGGUUCAGUAGUUAAUACUCUUUAGAAAUAUCUGUGUGUUGCAAUUCAAAUGUAUGUUGAGAUUGUGAAAAGCGCUUCAGUGGCACUAGCCUACGGGGACCCUAGAUUAAGCCUUUGAUAACGUUUAUUGCAUGAUACAGUACCAGUAACAAAAGGUGGCCUAAAUACAUGAAAAGCAGUGGAAGCUAGUGACACUAAAGCCAGUCUUGUAUUACUGUAUUUUUGACAGAAUGGUUUUGAAAACUGUGCUACAGGGACUGAUGUGGCAAAUAUAUCUCUUUAUGCAGAAGGAAGUCUUUUUUUUUUAAAGAAAAAAAAAGAAGUAUGGCUUAUUAUGCAUUCUUCAUCGAGGGCAUUGAAGUUGCAUGGACUGAUAAAAGUUGAUGCAAAAUGAGAAAGAAACAAAAAAACAAAAAACAAAAAAAAAACAAAAAACAAAAAAACCAGCAAAAUGUUUACCAAAAACUCAAACAAGUGAGCAGUGCCUGUUCAAUUUCACAGUCUCUGUUGAGUUCAGUUGUAAAUAUGUUUCAAAUGACAUUUUCUUGGGAAAAAAAAAAUCUCUACAACAUUGUGGAAUGUGAGGGGCAACUGUUUCCCAGGCACAGGCUUCUCGGAGCUGCAUUAGAGCGUGUCUUCAUCAGGCUGUUAAUUUGUGCUUCUAUCACAGAGAGCUUUGAGUAUCCUGGGAAGAGGUGCCCCCCUCCCCCCAACAAUGUUUCUCUGAGAACAACUUUUGUAGGACUGUGUGUUUCUUUAGAUACAUUUAGUACAACUGUAGGCGACAGUAGUCAGUUAUUGCUUGCUAGCUACACACCAGGGUUGAUCCACUUUAAAACUUUUGGCAUUGUGUCCUCGCGGGCCAUAAAUACAGAACCUUGUGUUUUAAUUAGAUUUUUGAAAAGGAAGGCACAUGCACAAUCUCCAUGUAACAAACCUUUCGCAGUGGGAUGUAUUAUAUGACAGUUACUUAAUUUCUGGAGUUCAGGCCUCUGGGAUGGGCCUCGGAGUGGGCCAGAAUGUUAGUGAAGUUUUUAUUGUGCCCAGUUGGAGGAUAACGUUCUUUGUGUACUUUUUGUGGGUCGCAAAUGAACUCAAUUGCCACAAGUUUUAAACUGGUGUAAAUCAAGCUUGACUUAAUGUGAUUGUUACUGUUAUAUCCAGCCUAUACUGCUAGCAGCUGCUCAUACUGCAGUCAAUUACUGGAAGCGGAUAUAUUUCCUAUGCAAAAACUGUUUAAACAAUAAAGUGAGCUAUGCUACAGA